CAUUCGCCCAUCCCUAUUGGCCGCAAAAAAAGAAUUUGUUUAGAACUCAGAAAAUGUAAAUAAAAAGUUACUUUUAUUAAUUAAAUAAAAAAAAGAUGGCUGUUUAUCGUCCUCGAGGCACUUUAGCACGGGUGAUCCAUGCCAAGUUUCACAACGACAACUCCCUAGAAAACAUAGACACUCGAAAGUGGUAUUCCUUAAACCACGAACUGCCGCAAAGGUUCCAGGCCAUGUUCGUGCCGCUUGAGCCAGAUGCUACGACGGUGAGCUGGCUUGAACGCACCAAGGCCCUGUCAGCGAAUAUCUGGACCCACUUGUGGCACGCUCUGGCCAGAUCUAUUCUACAGUUCUUUAUGACCCAGACUGACAUCAACGGGUUUCUGAAGCGCGGCUCCAUGUUCAUUCUGUCGGAGGAACAGUUCCGAAAACUACUCCUGGCGGGUGGCUUUCAACCUGCUUCUGGAGAUGAACCGGUUACGAUACUAGACAUCGGAGCUGGCGACGGGGAAAUCUCCCUCCGAGUGGCCAACACCGUUUCCGAGCUGAGUGGCAGUGCAGGUCUUCAGGUUUUCGCCACGGAGGCCAGUUGGACCAUGCGAGAUCGCCUAAAGAAGCUGAACUUUAACGUGAUCACCGAGAUCAGCAGCCUGCAGAACCUAGAAUUGAUUCUGUGCCUUAACGUGCUGGACCGGUGCUUCGAUUCCUUUAAACUGCUGGAGGAUAUCCACUUGGCACUCGCUCCUAAUGGAAGGGCCGUGGUUGCCCUAGUACUUCCCUACAUGCACUACGUCGAGACGAACACUUCGCAUUUGCCUCUGCGUCCGCUUCUCGAGAGCAAUGGUCGCGUGGCGUCGUUCGAGGAGGAGGCUGCCCGUUUCAUGGAGCUGCUUGAGAAUUGCGGCUUUCGCAUAGAGUCUUGGACCAAGGCGCCCUACUUGUGCGAGGGAGAUCUUCACCAGUCCUUCUAUUGGUUGAUCGACUUAAUCGUUGUAAUAUCAAAAAAGACAUUCUAGAUCAAAGCUUCCAAACGCUACACAAUACCCUCUGAACUAUUGUAUCCAUUUUCCUCCUAGAGAUAAGUGGCUGCAUUGAUAAACUGAGCAUUUAUACUUAUUACAAACGUAGGCUAUAAAUUAGGUAAAGAAUUUAUUUCUAAACAAUUACCAAAAAUGUAAAUGGAAGUUUAUCCAUGUUUAAUUAAAAGGCGAUAAUUCAAAGCCGCGUUUAAAACUAAAA